UGCAUUCCAAUCCUCCCUUCCCUUCAAACCAUGGCAUCCACAUCAGUUAUCUUCCUAGCAGCAUUGGCCAUCAUUAUGAGCUUUGACAAAUGUGUCACUGCCCGCGAGCUCCUCGUCACGCCGGCAGCAUCUAUUGCUCCGGCAAUCCCACCAAUUCCAAGCCAACCAAAGCCAAAAAUUCCGGGCAUUCCAGCAAUUCCUAAGAUCCCUGCUACCCUGCCUCCAUUGCCAGCCAUUCCAGUAAGUACUGGAAUCCCAAAGUUCAGCUUCCCUCCUUUGCCUUCUCUUAAUCCUAUAAUUAGUCCUUUCAUUCCUAAGAUUCCUAAAUUUCCCUCCAUUCCCUUCCUCACUCCACCUCCUUCUGCAACUACUCCAUGAUUUUCUGUUGGUGUUUUGGAAUUGAGUGAUUGGGUUUUUAGUUUAUUACUUGUUUGUAUUUUAGUUCAUUUGCUUGUUAAUAAUUCGGUGUGAUUGGUUUGGUUAUGUAUCAUUUGAAUGUACCAGUUGUAAGACUUGGCUUAUUUUGUUAUUUUAUAAUUGCGGUCUA